AUGGCGGCCAAGUCGGACGGGAGCGGCUUCUCGCAGCUGCACAACCUGGACGAGGCCGCCGGGGCCCUGCGAGGAGGCGGCGGCGGCGGCGGCGGAGGGCGCGCUGGAAGCGGCGGCGGCUGCCUGGGGGCCGGGGCGCCGUCGUCGGAAGAGGAGGAGGAGGAGGAGGCCGGCGGCAGCAGCUCCAUGCACAUCUGCCACUGCUGCAACACCUCCUCCUGCUACUGGGGCUGCCGGAGCGCCUGCCUGCGGAGCCUGCUGGGCCGGGCCCGGGGCCGCCAAGGGCCCUCCGCUCCGCUGGCGCCGCCCGGGGAGCCCUCGGCGGCGGCGGGGCUGCAGCCGGGCUCCUCCUUGCCCUCCGGCCCCGGGGCCUCCUCCUCCGCCGCCGCCCGGCCCUGGCUGGACUGCCUCUGGAUCGUGCUGGCGCUGCUGGUGCUGCUGGGCGACGUGGGCACCGACCUCUGGCUGGCCCUCGACCACUACGCCCGCCGGGACUACCUCUGGUGCGGCCUCACCCUGGCCUUCGUCCUGCUGCCCUCCGUCCUGGUCCAGAUCCUCAGCUUCCGAUGGUUCGUCCAGGACUACACCGGCGGAGGGCUGGGGGCCGUCCAGGGCCUGACCAGCCGAGGGCCCCCCAUGAUGGGCUCCGCCGCCUCCGCCAGGAGCAGGGCCGCCGGAGCCCCGGCCCCUUCGGCCCAGCGCCUCUGCCGCCUCUCCGUCUGGAUCUGGCAGUCCGUCAUCCACCUGCUCCAGAUGGGACAGGUCUGGAGGUAUAUCCGAACCAUGUACCUGGGGAUCCAAAGCCAGAGACAAAAGGAACACCAGCGGCGCUUUUACUGGGCUAUGAUGUACGAGUAUGCAGACGUCAACAUGCUGCGUCUCUUGGAGACUUUCCUGGAGAGCGCCCCUCAAUUGGUGCUACAGCUCUGCAUAAUGAUCCAAAAGAACCGUGCAGAAACCUUACCAUGUGUGUCCUCUGUGGCCUCCCUGAUGUCCCUGGCUUGGGUGCUAGCCUCCUAUCACAAGCUUCUUCGGGACUCUAGGGAUGACAAGAAGAGCAUGAGCUACAGAGGGGCCCUUAUCCAUCUCUUCUGGCGCCUCUUCACCAUCUCAUCCAGAGUUAUCUCUUUUGCCCUCUUUGCUUCCAUCUUCCAGCUCUAUUUUGGGAUCUUUGUCGUGGUCCACUGGUGCGCCAUGGCCUUCUGGAUCAUCCAUGGUGGGACAGACUUCUGCAUGUCUAAAUGGGAGGAGAUUCUCUUCAACAUGGUGGUAGGGAUCGUGUACAUUUUUUGCUGGUUUAAUGUCAAGGAAGGGCGGACCCGAUACCGAAUGUUUGCCUAUUACACCGUAGUCUUGACAGAGAAUGCAGCCUUGACGCUCCUUUGGUAUUGGUACCGAGAUCCCGACACCACUGACUCCUACGCUGUGCCAGCACUUUGUUGUGUCUUUCUUAGCUUCGCUGCCGGGAUCGCGCUGAUGCUCUUGUAUUACGGCGUCCUGCAUCCCAUGGGGCCGAGAGCUAAGAUUUUUGCCAGCUCCUGUUGCGCCGAGUUGCUCUGGGGCAUUCCUUUGCCCCCUGACGUUGAACCCAUGGCUCCCCAGACCCCUGGGUACAGGGCGGCCCAGGUUACGCCAACCAGAGUGGCCACGGAGCAACAGGAGGAACUCACAGCUGACACUUGCUUGCCAGUUUUCCAAGUGAGAGCAAUGGUGCCAUCAACUCCGUCUGGGAGACCCUACCACCCAGAAGGCCCUCUCAUUAAGAUAGACAUCCCAAGAAAGAGGUACCCAGCUUGGGACGCCCAUUUUGUAGACAGGAGGUUGAGAAGGACUAUAAACAUUCUCCAGUAUGUCACUCCCACUGCUGUAGGAAUUAGGUACAGAGACGGACCUCUCUUGUAUGAAUUGCUACAGUAUGAAUCUUCACUUUAAAACCUCCUUUAAACACAAACACA